UCAUUUUCCUGUUCUGACAAAAUGAAAUAAAAACUACUCUAUGAGUCAGUGUGAGAGGACAUAUCCGAGAAAUGGGAGAACGGGACAUCUUUAGGUUUGGAACAAUGAAACAAGAAGACUUCCAACACCUUAUGUACCUGAAGGUUCUGAUGGCCACAAUCACUUUCCUUUUCGCCAGCUAUAUUGGCCUACUUGUGCUGCAGUGGGUUGUCAACAAAAGGUAUGGUCGACGCCGCAAACACGAUAUCCCUAGGGGGUCUGCUGUCUUGAAUGAAACUGAAUGUGUUCUUCUUCAAGAAGUAUCCACGAGGGAAAGUCGUGCACUUCGACAGAAAAGGCGUGAGAGUUGGUAUGUUGAUAACGUUGGAACAUCCAGGGACCGCCAAGGAAUGAUCCCUCAUGACAACAAUCCCAAUGACAGAGAUCGCCAAGGAGUGAUCCUUCAUGACAACCAUCUCUAUGACUGGGAUCGCCAAGGAAUGAUCCCUCAUGACAACAAUCUUAAUGACGGAGAUCGCCCAGGAAUAAUCAUCCGUCAUGAGAACCAUCCCAAUGACAGAGAUCGCCAAGGAAUGAUCCGUCAUGACAACCAUCUCUAUGACUGGGAUCGCCAAGGAAUGAUCCCUCAUGACAACAACCCCACUGACUGGGAUCGCCAAGGAAUGAUCCCUCAUGACAGCCAUCCUAAUGGCAGAGAUCGCCAAGGAAUGAUCCCUCAUGACAACAAUCCCACUGACUGGGAUCGCCAAGGAAUGAUCCGUCAUGAGAACCAUCUCUAUGACUGGGAUCACCAAGGAAUGAUCCCUCAUGACAACCAUCACAGUGAAGAACAGGAUCAUGUCAAUAUAUGUGAAGUAUCUACAGAAAACGACGGCCAGGCAGACAAGUCAUUUUGCAUAAAUCUUUCAACAAGUUCAAACGACAAUAGAGAGUCGAGGCUAUUACCUGUUUCAGGAGGAAGUUGGUUAAAUGAGGGUAUCUGGGAAAACAAUAAUUUAUAUGUUGGCCACGACCUACCUGGACAAAGUGAAACAGUACUGUAACGUGAGACAACGACUGUGGACACAACAUCACAUUGACCAAUAUAUAACGUCAAUGCCAGAGUGAGUGAGUGAAUAUGGCUUUACGCCUCUUUUAGCGGUAUUCCAGAUAUUUUGCGGCAGGGGACACCAGAAAUGGGCUUCACACAUUGUACCCUUGUGGGGAAUCGAACCCGUGUCUUCAGUGUGCGAGCGAACGUUCAACCACUAGGCUACACUACCACCCGGAGAAUUUUCAGAAAUUCGAAACAUAAAUUCUCAGACUUGGAUAUGAAUCCAAUCUUUCUAAUUUUGCAUCAAAAUCCUGACAAACAAUAUUUAUCAAUAUGAAGAUGUAUUGGUGCCUCAACCAUAUCACGUCGAUAUUUAAAUAAUCGGGUCUGGACAUGAUAAACUGGUGAUCGAUGUCGUGAGCGACGACGAGUCAGUUAUCUCCAUUUCAGUCGGUCUUCAUACAAUCACUGGUUGCGAUCAACUCUUCCGCAUCGGACCUCCGGCGAUAUUCAGGACAAUGGCCGACUGUAUUUGCCAACCCGAAUGUAACAUUACCACAUCAAGACAUCGGUUAGGGUAUGACUAUGCUAUGGGGUAGCAGAAAAACAAAACUAAGAGUAGUGUAAUUUAUUCAUAGCGGAUGAAUCCGUUUUGUACACAUGCAUCUUUAUUUGAAAUACAUAUAUAUUCAGGUGUUGGAUUCCACUCAAAUGUUAUAUACUUACAUCACAUAUCCGUUGACUGACCUGAAUAAAUAUGCAUGUAUGUUGAAUAAAUAUGUACUAGUAUUCGUA